GGACGGCCGUACGCCUGGAGUCCCUCUGUGAGAAUAACAGAAGCGAUAUCCUUCAUGUUCUGCAUAAUCCACCUGCAUCCCCAGCCUUCUCCGCCAGUACCUGUUGAAACACGAAACGGUCAGUUUUGGUGCUGCUUCUCCUUUAAGACCCACUGUUCUGAUUGGCUCUCUGCUCUCGGCUCUUGACUGACCUGCUCUCUCUACUUGCCAUCUCACCGCUACUGGAUGGGGCUACGGAAGUGAUAAGCCAACUUCACUCAGAAUGACGCUGACCAGAGCUCUGUUCCUGCUGUUGAACCUCGGAGGAGCCCUGACCCUAAAGAUCUGCUCCUUUAACAUAAAGUCCUUUGGAGAGAGCAAAAUCUCCAAACCAGAUGUGAUGGACAUUAUCCUGGAGAGUAUCAGUCGCUGUGACCUCAUGCUUGUUCUGGAGAUCAAAGAUGUGAAAGGAAACGCAUUCGGUCAACUCAUGACUCAACUGAACAGCAGGUACAGAACCCGAGCAGAUGAAUUUGGUUACGUUAUUAGUGAGAGACUGGGGAGAAAAUCAUAUAAGGAGCAGUAUGCUUUCAUAUACAGGCAGAAGAGGGUGUCUGUGAAUGCAGUCUAUCAGUAUCCAGACACACAAACUGGAGAUGAAGAUGCAUUCGCUCGAGAACCGUUUGCCGUUUGGUUUUCGUCUCCAAAGACUGAAAUCAAGGAUUUUGUCGUCAUUCCUAUUCACACAGUCCCAGAGGCAGCCGUGAAAGAAAUUGAUGAAUUGUACGAUGUUUAUCACAACGUCUCAGAACUGUGGCAAUCAGAGAACUUCAUCAUCAUGGGUGAUUUCAAUGCCGCCUGCGGUUACGUGCCGAAGAGACAAUGGGUGAACAUCCGUCUGCGAUCUGACAGUCAAUUUGUGUGGUUGACCGGGGACAAGCUGGACACAUCAGUGAAGGUGUCAACCAAAUGUGCUUAUGACAGGGUCGUUCUCCGUGGAGAGAAGUUGGUUGAAGCUGUGAACCCUGAAUCAGUAGAGGUGUUCGACUUCAAAGAUGAAUUUGGACUCACUGAGCAACAGGCUUUGGCAGUGAGCGACCAUUUUCCACUCUGCAUUACUGUAAAUCAAGCACGGAUGAGAGGAUAACAAUAUACUCCUUGUACACUUUUACUUGCCUGCUACAGUUAAGAUUGAAGUACAGCUUAUAUAAGACAAUUAAUCAGUUAGAACACAUUGCCAAUUAAUCAGAGAUGCAGAAAUUGUGUGAUCAAUGGUAUUUCUGUAGAAAUAAGAGUGCAUGUUUAUUUGAAAGGAGAUGAAAAGCUUCCAGUGCUUGUUAAUUAUGAACCAGCAGUUUAAAGUGUUGGUUUACCGGUUGCUAUGAGACUGUAAGGAUUAGUUUGCAAGUUUGUUCAUACAUUUACACCUCUAUAUUAAUAAUUAACUCCAUUCAUGACAAGAUAUCGAUAUGCUGUGUAACUAAAUAAAGUCUUAAUGUUCUAUCAAAUAAUUUUUCAUUAAAGAGCUUGUUGCCAUUGUCAUGAGAUUAAUUGCUUCAAUUUAGACUUAGA